AUCCCUUUCAAACCCCUCAAAAACCUCUCGUCAUUUUCCGUCAUCAAAGCAACGCCGGCAACUUCUCCGAGAGAAGCCAGGAAACACGAACAACCAAAUGGCGAAGUCAUCCACCAUCAACAAAGGAAGUACGGUGGAGGAAUGCCAAGAAAUGAUCCGGAGAGGUCUUAGAACUCCAAUGGUAAAGUUCUUAAAAGAGCAUCUGGAGAAAUCUGGUUGUCGAAUUGGUGAUAACUUCAUAAAAGCUAGCCAUUGCGACCAGAAGAUCAGCGGCGGCUAUGCUCGUGGACGUGGGAUAAUUGUGUGCAGUAACCACAUGCAAAUUCAAGAUGAGGUGAAUCAAGUUCUCAUACAUGAGUUAAUUCAUGCAUAUGAUGAGUGUCGUGCUGCAAACUUGGACUGGGCUAAUUGCGCUCAUCAUGCUUGUAGUGAAAUCAGAGCUGGCCAUCUUAGCGGUGAUUGCCAUUACAAACGGGAAUUACUGAGAGGUUAUCUUAAGAUACGGGCCAUGAACAAUUAUGGAGCUGUAUCUGUGAGCUCAUUGGAAACACCCCUGCCCCCAACUGAACUGUUUAGUGUGCUGAAGCGAAUAUGUAGCAGCUUUGAACUUGUGUCCUUCACUUUGUGGAAUAAGCUUGAUAAGAAGUAG